AUGUCUGGUUUCCCCGCACAGCAACAAGCACAGGCUCGAAAUGCGACACUGGCCUCGGCGCGCUUGCCUAACGGAAAACUCGGUGCGGAUACAUUGUUGCUACAUCCCGAAGCCCUAUGGCAGGAAUCAUUGCUGAUGAGAGGAGUGUCUACAGGGAGCGGUGCCAACUGGAAUUUCAACUUACCCGUCAGCGGGACACCAGGAAUACAAGGAAAUCAGCAGCGCAACAUUGGAGCUAUGGGAACAUUUGCGCAAAGCCUCAGUGGAGGAUCGCAGCCUGCUACACCUCUUGAUCUAUCAGACUUCCCUUCGCUAUCAGGAGCGCCUCAGCAAUCUCAGACUCCAAAUCCAGGGCUAGUGUGGGGUCAGCGUGCCCUGCAGCAGACUCCGCAGAGGCAGCAGCACCCGACAUCCCAAGCACCUUCACGCGCCCCUCAGACACAGUCGCAUCAUCCGCAACAACAAUCCCAGCCAUCCCACGAAGAUGUAUUUCCCUCUGGUGCUCAAUUCGCAAAUCGUCUGGACGAUUUUCGGAAUGGUGGACAGGGUAUUAGUGGUCAAUUAGGAGGUUCUGGUCAGCCACAGACAGGCAACAUUGAAGAGUUCCCCCCUCUCGGACGUAAUGUCCCUACAGAUCUCGGCCAAGAUCGCAGAGAAUCGUUGAUGCAAAGUGCUGGACUCGGUAAUUUUAGCGGCACGAUGCCUUUCGCAGGCGCAAACCAGAACCAGUCUGCUCAAAAUCGCACCCUUAUUGGAGCGUCGAUCAAUGGACAGGAUACUUCGAGAAUGAUGUCGCCUACGAAUGCGGGGUCGGCAGCCAUCGGUACCUCACGCUCGCCCGUCAACCAAGGACCGAAUGGAGUUCCUGGACCAGAAAAAGAGGUCAGGAAUCUCUCCCACUCGCGCUAUUCCAAUUUCAUUGCUAAAUUCAGUCUGCAGGACUUGAACAAUACUACCAUGGCGAAUCAGCGUAAUUUCACAGAGCAACAGCAGGCGCAGCAACCGCAGGCUGCCGCCGGUGAGGCACAGGACGUCGCUGCAGCUGUGCAAAGCACUGAGCAGCCACCGCUUGCUCAGAUGAGCGAGAUCGACAGGUUUGGACUCGCAGGCUUGCUCCGGAUGAUCCACAGUGACAGCCCCGACGUCGCGAGUCUUGCAGUGGGUCAAGAUCUGAUGACUCUCGGCUUGGAUUUAAAUCAGCCUGAGCCCCUUCACACCUCUUUUGCGUCACCUUUCGUUGCGUCCAUGUCGGCCGUUCCGAUGGAACAAAACUUUUCCUUACCUGCAUGUUACAGCGUUGCAAAUAUCCAGCCUCUACAGACCCGUAUACCCAGCUUCAGCGAUGAGACAUUGUUUUACAUCUUCUACAGCAUGCCUCGCGACAUUAUGCAAGAGCUAGCUGCAGAAGAGUUGAUGGGUCGCAAGUGGAGAUAUCAUAAGAUUGAAAGAUGCUGGCUUACACGUGACGAGACGUAUCCCGGUCCUGUUGAUGUCGAACCUCGCGUCAGCGAACGCGGCGUUUACCUGAUUUGGGAUCCCACUACCUGGAAGAAGAUUCGGCGUGAGUUCAUUCUUCGCUACGAGGACCUGGACAACAGACUGGAUCACAACAGGGGUCUUGCGCGCCCUCUUGGAUUUCCUCAUCAAGCUUCAUAA